AUGUUGUUGCGCUCUAUCGGAAUUACUGCUGCUGCAUUACUGUCAUCUUGUGGUGUUCAAGCUGCUUUCAGCUCAAACUCGCCCAAUGUCAUGUAUUAUUGGGGCCAGAACUCUGCUGGUGGUUCAUCUACUCAAGGCUCAUUGGCCUCUUACUGUAAUUCCGGACAAGCGGACGCUGUGAUCUUGUCCUUCCUUAAUAUUUUCAACGUGGGCAGCCUUCCAGGCAUCAAUUUGUCUAGUGCUUGCGAGACCAAAUUUCCUGGUACUGAUUUACUCACUUGUCCCGCUAUUGGCAAUGACAUCAAAACUUGUCAAAGCAAAGGUGUCAAGGUUAUCCUCUCUCUUGGUGGUGCUGCUGGUUCUUAUGGCUUCACCAGCGAUGCUCAAGGUCAAACUUUUGCUCAAACUAUCUGGUAUAUGUUUGGUGGCGGAUCAUCUACUUAUAGACCUUUCGGUGAUUCCACCAUUGAUGGUGUUGAUCUUGAUAUCGAAGGUGGUCCAUCCACCGGCUACAUUGCUUUUGUCAAUGCCAUCCGUUCCAAGUUCUCUUCUGGAUUCUUGGUAGGUGCUGCCCCUCAAUGCCCCUUCCCUGACGCUAUUCUCGGCUCAGUGCUUGAUGGUGUUGGACUUGAUUUCGUCAAUGUUCAGUUCUACAACAACUACUGUUCUGCUGUUGGUAAUUCAUUCAACUACGACACCUGGGCUAAUUGGGCCAAGACAACAGCUCCCAACAAGAAUGUCAAGAUCUACUUCACCAUCCCUGGUGCACCCACCGCCGCUGGAAGUGGCUAUGCCCCCAUUUCCACUGUUCAAACCAUUGUUCCUCAACUCGCUUCUCAAUAUCCCGGUAUUUUUGGUGGUGUUUCUGUUUGGGAUGCCUCUCAAGCUUGGAAUAACGCUCAAUUCGCCUCUCAACUUUACUCUCUUGUCAAGGGCUCCGGAGGUGGAGGUGCUACCACUACCACUACCACUACCACUACCAAGACCACCACUACCGCUACUAAUUCUUCCACAUCCUCAACCUCCACCAAGACUUCCACCUCUACUUCAUCCUCUGCCACUGCCACUGCCACUAGCACUCCUGGUACUUGCGCUGCUGCCGGUCAAGCUUGUUCCACUGAAGGUAAAUAUGUCUGUACUUCUGGUGGUGCUUAUGCUGUCUGUGUUUAUGGUAAAUGGUCUGUCACCUCUUGCCCCAGCAACACGCAAUGUAUUCCUACCACCGAUGGUGCUUCCAUCUACUGUGGUUACUCUAGUGGCUCCACUACUUGUUCUGCCCUUAGUGCUCGUGACAUUUUGCACGCUACUCUCAAUAAAGGUGGCGCUGUUCCCAAGCCUUACAAGGCCUCUCAAGUCGAAGCUCAAUUUGUCGUUGCCAGUGCCUCUGCUGAUUCCUUCAAGGCUGUCAUCAAUGCUCAUCGUACCAACACCAAGCCUUUCGGUCAGACUGUUACUAUCGAAUUCACAGCACCCAGCAAUGUCAAGUUCAGCAGCACUGAUGCUGGCUCUGUUAGACAAGUUGGUAACAGUGUUCGUAUUCAAGCCAAGAGUGAUUUCGACAAAAACAUGGCUAUUGUUGUCCCUGUUCAAGGUUCUGUCAAUUCUGGUGUCUUUGUUGCUCCCAACCCAUCUUCUUUGCGUAUUAAAUAA